UACUUUCGUUGAUGCCUUUCCUUGCCAACUUUGGGAUGUAAUUAAAUGUUUAGACAUUUAACGAAUUCGUUGGAUUUUGUCUGGAUUUCCGAUGGUGAGAUAUCUCAGCCAGCCAAACACAUAUUAAGAGGACGCUGUGAUUUUGGUUGACAGCUCGAUCGACACUGAUGAAUUAUUAAUAAUAUUUUUUUAUUAAUAAAAUGGAAGUUUUUACGAAUAAGGAUGCGAUGUUAAGCUGGUGUAUUGUCAUAUUAUGCGCUGUAAAUGCUGUAUUCUCGUCACUACAAAGUGAGAUGUCAUCAGAAAGUAUAAGCUUUAAGUUUUAUAACCUUAAAGAAAAUGAGUGGACUGAAGAUAAUACUGUUAAAUUCACAGAUAUCCUAACAACAGAGAGUAAUACAUAUUGUUCUGUAAUGCCUUCAGAUUGUGGACUCACCUAUUGGAACCAAUCUUAUAUUUUUAAUCAAUCUAAUAUUGUUGUUGUCAAUGGUUACCCCAAAACAGAUGGCAGUGACCUGGAGAUUCAGUUUUAUAUCCUGUUACCUGGCAAUGCUAACAUAUCAUCAUCAUCUUCAACAAGCCAUGUCCUCAAUAAAAUGGCUGCCACAUCCAUAUUAACUACAAGUAAAGCUAAGUUAGAGUCAGCCAUUGGUGAACCUAUAACCUAUAUUGGUGAAGAGUUUUAUGGUAUACCUAUAGAUCAUGCUACGAACAAUAUCAUGAUACCAUUAGCUUUUAUUAUACUGUUUAUAGUGGCUGUUGUAGCCAUUGGAUUAACAGUGUGGAGUACUAGGAAAGAGAAACAGAGAAGAAAGUCAAACAUUAAAAAGAAACAUGUUUCAACUAAGGUUGCACCAACACAACCCAAGUCUCAACUGACCAAUGGACAUCAUGCUAACAAUAAAGGAAUAUCCAAUCACAAUCAGGAAACUGAAAAUAAUCUUAUGAAUACUGGUAACCAUGAAGAAAAGAAAAUGGAACAGAAGAACAUGUCACCCAUGACUCAGCAGUCAUUGAAUGAAUUCUCAGAUGAGGCCCAUAUUAUCAAUGAAAUUCAACACAAGCAUAAUGAGUUACCUCCCCUUGAUACUGCCACCAAUGGACAAGACCAGGACCAAAAGAAAGAAAAACACCGCAAGAAGAAGAAAACAAAACGAAAACAUCGUCGAGAAAGAGAUGGUUACGAUAAUUCAGGACUGGAUGAGUCUGAAGUUGAAAAUCAAAUACCUAACCAUAAGAUAAUGACGGUACAAUCGGAUAACAUUAUAACAGAAGAGACAAGCAUGUGAUCGCCAUAUAUGGUAGUAGAAUUUAUUUAAAGAUGCAUUAUGUAAAGAUCUAAAUCUUCCUAUUGCAGGUUUUUCUUUUGGCUUCAAAUGUUAUAUAAAUUAUUAUUUACUGGUAGGAAUUUCCGGCCAUUUUUUAAGGUUUUGCAACUGUUUGGGCAAGGUAGGGUGGUUCCCGGGGGUUUAAAAUUUUGACCCUCGAAAUGACCAUUCUGAGCUAUUUUGAGAGAGAAGAUCUCACUACUCAUGAGAGAACAUACCAAUCAUGCCCCUGCACAUUGAAGAUUCUAGCUUCACUGUGGGAGGGGGGGGGGCGCACAAAUUUUCAGUACGGGGGCAGAUGACCCUGAAAUUUUGGCCUUAAAAAAUGGCCAGAGACAUUUAUUUAAAUGGCAAGCCUAUAAUCAACUAUUUAAUCCAUUGGAUGGCUGAGAUUUAAAUGGAUUUAAUUAAACAUUCCUGAGAUUUUAAAAUCUAAUAAUAAAAUGGACAAUCAAUGCUACGAUAAUAAACCUUCAAAUAAAAUUUAUUCAAAUGAAAUUUUCAUUUCAUUAUCUAUUUUUAAACUAUUAUCCAGCUCUUUAUCUAAAUUUUACAUAAUGUAUCUUUAAGUAUUUUAGGUAUUACCUUACUUUUCAGUGCUGUUACUUCAGUGCUGAUCGAUGUUAAAAUGCUAAUAUUGAUAUUGAUUGUGUUCCUUAUCCAGGAAUUUCUUUAAAUCGUGCAUUUCACAGAAAAUCUUUGAAAAUUUUCAAGGAAGUAGACCUUUCCUCACUUGACCCCCCCCCCCCCCUUC